AAGAACUCCCCCAACGUCGUGUGAUGACGUUUCACGAGUAACGUCAGAGGAAGUUAUUCCAGUAAAUUCGCGUUAACUAACACAAGUUCAAAUCUUACAGGCUUUAUCCGUCCGAGCCAUAGAAACAAAUAUAUUUAUAUCGAAGCCUUGACAUUUUCCCACCAGCAUGAUGAUGAUGAUGAUGGACGAGGACCAGCCCAAGACAUUGUAUGUCGGGAACCUCUCCAGAGACGUUACGGAGGCCCUCAUCCUGCAAGUGUUCUCCCAGAUCGGUCCCUGCAAAAGCUGUAAAAUGAUAAUUGAUACGGCUGGAAACGACCCGUACUGCUUUGUGGAGUUCUAUGAGAACAGACACGCUGCUGCAGCACUGGCUGCCAUGAAUGGCAGGAAGAUCUUAGGAAAGGAUAUGAAAGUUAACUGGGCCUCGACGCCAAGCAGUCAGAAGAAAGACACAAGCAAUCAUUUCCAUGUGUUUGUUGGUGACCUGAGUCCAGAAAUCUCGACAGAUGAUGUCAGAGCAGCCUUUGCUCCAUUUGGAAAGAUAUCUGAUGCUCGUGUGGUGAAGGAUCUGGCUACAGGAAAAUCUAAAGGAUAUGGUUUUAUCUCCUUCAUUAAUAAAUGGGACGCAGAGAGUGCCAUUCAGCAAAUGAACGGCCAAUGGCUGGGUGGAAGACAGAUCAGAACAAACUGGGCCACAAGGAAGCCAUCCGCUCCCAAACCAAAUAAUGAAACCAGCAGCAAACACUUGUCCUAUGAGGAGGUUCUGAACCAGUCAAGUCCAAGUAACUGCACUGUGUAUUGUGGUGGAAUUGCUUCUGGCCUUUCAGAUCAGCUGAUGAGACAGACUUUCUCCCCAUUCGGGCAGAUAAUGGAGAUCAGGGUCUUCCCAGAAAAAGGCUACUCAUUUGUGAGGUUUGACUCUCACGAGGGUGCCGCCCAUGCCAUAGUGUCCGUAAAUGGGACCUGCAUUGAGGGCCACACUGUGAAAUGCUACUGGGGCAAAGAAACCGCUGAUAUGAGAUCCAUGCAACAGAUGCAGAUGCCCCAGCAGAAUAAACCGACCUAUGCGGCCCAGCCUUACGGACAAUGGGGCCAGUCAUACGGCAACGGUCAGCAGAUGGGUCAGUACAUGCCCAACGGUUGGCAGGUGCCCACUUACGGCGUCUACGGCCAGGCCUGGAAUCAACAGGGAUAUAAAUAAGUACAAACGUGGCUGUUAUGUGCCCUCAGUCCAAUCAUUAAACCCCGCUUCAGUGUGGCAUCUGCCCAAUGGGACUCACCAUUUCAGAGGUUGUUGAAAGGGCUGCAUUCAGCCCACUGUACAUUAUACUCAGACCAUUAAUCUGAAAGGAAUCCUGUCUUGUCAUUUUUUUGCCCCAGGACUAUUUUGGUCAUUUUCUUUUUUAAGUACCGCAUUUCGGGGGCUUUAAUUGUCUAGUUUUGAAAUGGAUUAAAUGUGUUUUGCAGGCUCAGUUUAGCUCACACCUUUAAGUGUUUAGGAUGUUUGAGGUCUAACAUACUGCACUCUUUGUAUGCUGUUUUUUUUCCCAAGAACUUUUAUUUUUGUUGUCAUCAUGGCUAUGCUUUAUUUUUACAAGAAAGGUUUCAAGAAUUGAGACGUCGGAUCAUGUUAAUUGAAUAUGGAAAGUAUUUUAUCUCGUAACACCUAUUGAUAAAAGGUAUUCUGCAUGCAGACAAGAUUCUCCUGUGGCCUUGAGCUAAACCUGUGGUUUCAGGAACGUCUUUGUUCUGAAGUUCUGGACACAAUUACUAAAGCUUUUAGCAAAUUGUAUUAACACAGAUGUGCAGGAGACUCAUGUUUUUUCCCUUCAUCUAAAUGUUUUGUAACACAGAAUACUUAAUUGUUUAGCUCAGUUUUUAAGACUUAAUUUCCUGUUUUUACAAAAUCAUGUUUGCGUGGAUCCUUUGAGGGUGUGACAGCACACAGGUUAAUCGGAGGUCAUGGGAGUGCUGUAGCAUCUAUGUAAAGAUUUUUGUAAUUCUGUGUAAAAUGAGGUUGUGAAUUAUUUCUUGAAAUCUUGUAAAUUCAGGGUUUGUUGAACAUCUGUAAUGUUGCAUGGACAUUCUGAGCUCUGUUCUUGUUACAAUCUCUUGUAAACAUAAAAUCUAAGAUUGUCAUUAGUUACCGAGAUGUUAUUUCAAUACCCCCAUACUGUAUUCUCUCAAGAAUCGAUGUUGAUUUGACAAGCCAAAGACAACAAAAAUGAACUGAGAACUUGCAUGCUUCCACCUUUCUGUACUGAGAUGGUGAUUAAGUCUGUGUAUGCGUUGUUAUUAGAAGUAAUAUGAAAAGGUGCAGUAAUGUGAGAUAAUCCUGGAUUUCAGCCACAUGCUCUCAAUUUGCUUGCAUACCCAAAUUUUCUCUUUUUCUCUACUUUUACAAAAGUCACAAGCAUUGUUUUUCAUGUCAUGUAAAAUUAUCAGAAUAAUUAUUUAAUGUCACUGCUUAUGUUCUUCAACUGAGUUUUUUUUUAUUUGUAAGAAGUUGGAGAGGUAUGUUAUUUUGACACCCUGAUUAUAUGCUUCCAACUAAUGUUGUUCCACUUACUCUAUUCCAUAUGUAAAAACUUAACCUUUCAAAACUGA